CAAAAGUCCAAACGAUCCCCAAAUCCCCAAAUCAACGUCACGAUCCCAAGAGCGCACGCUUCUCCUCGCCGUCGACCUCGCCUCGCCUCGCCCCGCCUCCGCGGCUCCCCUCCCCGAUCCCGCGACCGCACCGAGCCCGACCGGGCCCCCUCUCGCGCCGGGCGAAGAAGAUGCACCUGUGGCCGUCUCUCCGGAUCCGGGACUCGUUCAAGCACGGCUACCUGCAGAAGCUGGAGCUCAACCUCGGCCACAUGAAGCGCGCGCAGCGGCAGGGCCAGGGGCAGCAGGGUGGGGGCCAGGAAGACCAGGCCAGCGACGGGAAGGCGCCGCUGCUCCAGGACCGCUCGCCGUCGGGGUCGGGGUCCGUUCUGGCCGGCGCGCUCGAGCUCGCCUGGGACGCCGUCUUGCUCUUCAGACUUCACUUGCUGCUGCUGCUGCUGCUGCUUCUGCUGUGGAGAGAAGGUGAUUUUAGUGAAGAGAAGGUGGCCGCUUUGAAAGAAACCAAAAUAUGCACAGUGUUGGAAUCGGCCAAUGGAGUCCGUCCGAUGGACCAGAGGAAUAUGCCGUGAAGAUGCUGAUUUGUCCGUUCUGGUGUCCGGCCGAUGGAUAGUUGUCGAUGAAGUCAAGGAAGGAGGAGAGGAUCCGGACUCUACGAGAAUCUUGAUGAUUCGGUUGUAAUAUUUAAAAUAGUUUAUCUUUAGAUAGUCUUUUCUUUUAAGUCAAGUAAUAUUCGCCGUAAUCGGCUAGGACUUGAUAGCGCUAGGCUAUAUAUAUCAGUUGUAAGAGACCGGCAAAACUUGAUACACAUCCAAUACAACAAACUUUACAAU